AUGAAUCGGGUCUCCAAAAUUCGGUCAAAGUGAACAAAAAGACAAGCUCUAUGGAGUUUCUUCAAACAAAUAUGUCAGGAUAAUUCACAUGUCAUCCAGAAAAUAUUUAGUCUUUCUGAUUUCAAAGCUCUGGCUUUCAUUCUCAAAUUUAGCAGCGAAGUUGAGAUUCAAGAGUUGGAUUUUUAUAAUAAACUAAUCAAACAACUGAAUGCAGAAUUUGACAUUUAUGGAGCACAAAUGCUCAGCAACAUCCUUUCAGUAAAUUCAGGAUCGUUUAGUUCACAUAACGAAGCUGUGCAGUUUUUGAAAAGAAAUCCUGGCUUGUUAGCUCACAACAAAGAAAUGUUUACCUGUUUAUAUGAUACUUUCUACAAAUUCAGGUUUAUGUUUACUCAAGGCCAGCUUGAAUACAUAAACUCGGCAUUCACUGAGAUCCCAAAGAUAUCGUCUAAACACACAGACGAAGAGUUCAAUGAGCUCAAGCUGAAGUUCAUGAAAGAUUUGUUCAAAGAAUGUAAAAACAGAGAAAUCAGGAACACCACAAAUGCUCAACUCGGCAUAAAUCUGCCUCAAAAUUACAAGCAAGUUCUAAUCUUAAACUCUAGAAUUGAUUAUGACUUCCAAAACAAAUUAGUCAUGAUCAAAGAUGAAACUGCCAAUAGGACAGUCAUCAUCAACAGUUCUCUGAAUUUCAUAGAAGAAAACAUCAACUUUGGCAAGAAGCUGAUUGAUGUAUUCAAUCCAGAAGUUUUGUUUUGUGAGCUUGCUCCGAAGACCACUCAAAUCAACCAAGACGACAUUAAGAACACAACUGCUGAGCAAGCUAUUCCAAUGGAUGACCUCGACUCUCUGUUUGAGGCUCCUGCUCAGAACAAAGAUUCAAACAUUCAGUCCAGCCAAGCGUUGGAUUGAGUGUCUUCGAAUCUCAAAGGAGGCAGAAACUUCAAAACAACUCAUUCGAUGCAAGGAGAUGAACUACAAGACUAUUUCAACACAAAAGUUGUUGACUCAAUGUCUGAGGUUAAUCUCGAACAAUCAAUGGUAAACCUCAAAGUUGGAGACCACCAAUACCCUCUUGACAUGCAAACUUACAUUUAUUAUUUCACCAAAAAGUUCAACGGAGAAGUUGUGUUUGCAGACCUUCAUGAAGAUGAAGCUGCACAUCACUUUAUCACUUCAACUUCAGAGAGCAAAAGACACAGCAUCAAAGAGUUUGUUAAAUGGAUGAGCACUUUGUCAAUAUCUUCAUGGCACCUUAGCAUCAAGAACUACGGAUGAGCACAAUGCAGCUCUUUCUUAGACAAGCAGAAUAUAGAACAAGAGCCUCUUCCGAUCGCAGCAUUUGUGAGUCAGAAAUGAAUCAGCAGUGAACUCCGAGAGAAACUGAUGGCAUUUCAAAUUUACACACAUAUGAUUGAUCCAAAAUACAACAAGAAAUACAAAGAAGACCAAAUCAACUUCAUUGCUUUUGUCAGAACCAUGAACUAUCUCAAGGUUGCAAAAUACACUUGAGAUUUCCUGAGAGAUGCCGGUCUUGCAAAGAAAUUUGAAGCAGAGUUCAUGAAGAGUUACAGAAAUGAGAACUCAUCGUCUCAGUUUUGGAACGACCUCACCGUAUCUGAUACCAAGAAUAGGCAAGAACUGAUCAAGAAAUGGAGUUUAUAUCAUUCUUUGCUUGUGGUGCCACAACACAACACUCCGUAUUUCAAAAUGACUGAAUCGGAUAAGCUUCUUACUGAAGCUUAUAUUCUAAAAUCAUUUCAAAAGCAGACGCUGACAUCACAUGUGCCCUCGGUCAGAGAUAUCCCCAUGGAUGUUGAGAAUGAAGACUUCGAGCCUUCGUAUGUUCCCCAAAUGAGGAUUCACUCUCACCCUCAGAAUGAUUACGAGUGGUCUCAAAACCAGUUCUUGCAACAGAAAUACUUGGAAGAUGGAGGAGUCGCCACUUGUGGUCCUUUGAAUUAUAUCCAGCAGAUCAUCAACACACAAGACUCUAAAGAGAAAGCUUUGAGAGACUCUGGCUACACCAUUGCUGCUAUUGAUAGAGCAAAGGAUGAGUUUGACCCAAAUAUCAUUGAUUGUGAGUCAGAUGGUGAAUAG